AUGUUUUUCAUUAAAUGUGGCGUCGUUUUUUACUAUAUUACAAUGGCCGUAGCAAGUUUAAGUGUACGCCCGGCCGGAUGGCUGGACCGCCUCGUUAUGUACCACAAACAUCAAUUUUACAACGAUUUAAAUAAAGUAGCUCCGGUACAGAUAACUGCAACAAUUGAACGUGCGCCACCUGGCUACGUCGACUCUACGGCGUGGGACCUGAAGGCGGUCCUGCAUUUAUUAGUCCUCAUAAGAGAGAGCCACACAGCUGCUCCUGUACGCCGCGCGCUGCGCCGGGCGCUACGACCAGCCAGAAGGUUUAUGAACUGGCACCAAAGUUUUAAAGCUUUUCCCAGUUUAUCUAAAGGGUACGAGUUCUAUUACGACAUAGACACUGAUGAGGACUACCAAGAGAGUCAAGUGAGCACGGGACGAUAUGUUCUCGAGGAUGACGACGUCAUUGUGGUUGGCAAUCCGGUGGAGGCGCGGCUGCCCAGCGCGCAGAUUAGCGUCCGAUUGCUUAGAGACAUUCUGGAAGCUAGAGCGCAGGCAGGCAGGAUCAUGCCCACGACGCUCAGAACUCCAAUUGUCGUAGACAUGUUAACAUGUGUAGUAACAAUACAAGAUUAUGUGUUUACACUUCGUUUCUCUAAGGGCGCCUCCAAAUUUGCCGAAAAUGCCGUGGCAAGUGGCAACGCGUCUGCAGCGCGGCCACGCUACCUUAUAUCUAGAGACGCGGUGACCAACUGGCCCAAUUUGUGGGCCCAAUGGGGUGACAGUGGUCAGAAGGUGGGGAGGCUAGCGGGCGGGCCAGGGGAGGUGCACGUGCGCGACGUCGAGCGCGAGGAUGUCGAGGGGGGCGCGUGCGGCCCCUCCUCGACGUGGGGGGAGGGGAGGCUAGCGGGCGGGCCAGGGGAGGUGCACGUGCGCGACGUCGAGCGCGAGGAUGUCGAGGGGGGCGCGUGCGGCCCCUCCUCGACGUGGGGGGAGGGGAGGCUAGCGGGCGGGCCAGGGGAGGUGCACGUGCGCGACGUCGAGCGCGAGGAUGUCGAGGGGGCGCGUGCGGCCCCUCCUCGACGUGGGGGGAGGGGAGGCUAG